AUGACGAAACACAGCAAGAACAAUACAGCAUCUUCAAUAUUUUCCUACGCCGAAUAUAAGAAGCUCGACUACGGGACGAAAAAGCAACGCCUCGGAAAUGAGUCUAUGCGGACGCUUCGAUUCCUCGCUCGGGAGCCUCUGUCAUGCAACGAGGGGCAUCUUUUCUGUAAAGAAUGCGUGUACACUGACCUCCUCACACAGAAGAAGGAUAUCAAACGACAGAAAGAGAAACUGGAAAUGAUGAAGAAGGAGGCUGAGGAGGAAAAGGAGCGGGCUAGGCAAGCAGCGCGCGAACGGGUUAUUCUGGAAUUUGAAAAGGGCCAGUUGGGGCUUGCGGCUGUAUCAGCAACAGGGACGACGUCUGCUGGGGAGUCAAAAGAGGACGGCCGGGGAACCAAGCGCAAAUUCGCAUUUGAUUCGUCCAAGAUAGAACGAGAACAGGCGGCAGCCCUACGGAACAAGCUACCAGAUUUCUGGCUACCAUCUUUGACGCCUACCUAUUCAUCUGUUGGGCCACCUCAGACCGUCAAGGACGUGAAGCUCCAGACUACAUGCAGGGGUGGGAAUCCUGCUCAUUCAAUCGCGUUGAAGAAUCUCAUUCCAGUCAAAUUCAUCUUCUAUUCCAAGACGAAAUCUGCUGGUUCUGAGACGGCUGGAAAGAAUGAUGAAUCUCAGCCGAUGUGCCCGUCCUGCAAAAAGAUCUUGUCUAACAGCAUGCUCAUGUUCCUCAUGAAACCCUGUGGUCAUGUGGUUUGCAAAACAUGCACUGAAUCAUUAGUACGGCCUUCCCAACAGUGUAUCGUUUGCGAUGUCAAAUUGUCAGAGAAGGAUGUCAUAGAACUAAAAAGAGAAGGAACGGGAUUCGCUGGGGGAGGCCUCGCAGAAUCAUCGAAAACAGGUGUUGCUUUCCAAGGGUAA